CGGGUCACAUUUUGUGUGUGCGCGCUAGCUAUCCCUGAAACAGUCAAACAUCAGAGACCCCUCUUCCCUGUGUCUGUCUACAUGAUGAUGCUCUCGUUGGCCUAUAUAAAUGUGGCCAUGCAACCCAUAAGGCCAUCAACAUCGAACUCGAUCACCUCUGCCUACCACAAAGACAACGAUCACAGGAAGGCUUAGCUCUCCUUGCAUCAUCCUGCCAUGGCGUACUCCACCACCACGGUGGCCCUGCAGGUCGUCGGCCUGCUGCUCGUGCUCGCAGCAGCCGCUGCCUCCACCACCGGGUCCGCCGCCCACGCCAACACGUCGUGCGUCACCGGCAGCGCCGGCGCCACCGUGAGCAUCGGCUACGGCGGGGCAAGGGCUAGUGCCGGCGCCGGCGUGUCCCUCGGUUCCGGCGUGUACCGGGCGACCUGCCCCCGCGCCGAGGAGAUCGUCCGCGCGGGCGUCGAGAGGGCCGUCGCAGCCGACCCGCGCAUGGCGGCGUCCCUCCUCCGCCUCCAUUUCCACGACUGCUUCGUCAAUGGCUGCGACGGCUCCGUGCUCCUGGACGACAAGCCGCCCUUGGUCGGCGAGAAGACGGCCGUGCCCAACGCCAACUCGAUCCGGGGCUUCGAAGUCAUCGACGCCAUCAAGGCCGAGCUCGAGCGAGAGUGCCCAGAGACAGUCUCCUGCGCCGACCUCCUCGCCAUCGCCGCCCGUGACUCCGUCGUGGUGUCCGGCGGGCCGAGCUGGGAGGUAGAGGCCGGCCGGAUGGACAGCCGCACCGCCAGCCUUCAGGGCGCCAACACCAACCUCCCGGCGCCGACGUCCGGCGUCGCCACCCUCGUGCAGAAGUUCAGGAACGUCGGCCUCUCUGCCAAGGACAUGGUUGCGCUCUCAGGCGCGCACACCAUCGGGAAGGCACGGUGCACCUCGUUCAGCGCGCGCCUCUCCGGCGCCGUCGGGGCGGCGUCCAAGGACCUGACCUUCCUGCAGUCGCUGCAGCAGCUGUGCUCAGUGUCGGCGGAGUCGGCGCUGGCGCACCUGGACCUCGCCACCCCGGCCACCUUCGACAACCAGUACUACAUCAACCUGCUCUCCGGCGACGGCCUCCUGCCGUCUGACCAGGCGCUAGCGUCGUCGCCGCCGGCAGGCGCCGUGCCCGGGACAGACGACGACGACGACGUCGCCAGCCUCGUCGCAGCCUACGCGUUCGACGCGUCCGUCUUCUUCCAGGACUUUGCCGAGUCCAUGCUGCGUAUGGGGAGGCUCGCGCCAGGCAGUGGCGGCGACGGCGAGGUCCGCGUGAACUGCCGCGUAGUGAACAGCUUCAGCUAGAUUCAGUGCUCAAAGUGUGAAUAAUUUGGUGCCCGUGCGGCCCGGAUUGCACCUAUGUUAUCUUCUAAUUCUAGUUUGUGCCGUUUCGGUUAGGUUUCAGCUAGACUUGGUUAACAGUCGCUGUAUGGCUGUAUGUGAUAUGUAUGCCCGGCGCCAUUGAUGGCUCUCCACAAUGAAAAUAACUGAUAUGAGGUAUGUAGGCC